AUGGCUGACAAUGAAGAAACAGCAGUUCCUGUCGAAUCAACUACUAGUGUAACAGGAGAAAAAAAGAAAGUUGAUCUAUUAUUAAAAAGUGCUGGUGAUGCACCCAUACUAAAGAAAAAGAAAUGGUCUGUAGACCCGGACAAGAAAGUGGUAUGGGUAAUAGAUUUCUUGCGAAGGUACCUGAAAUGCCAGCCGUCAGAAUCAUUGUUUAUUUACGUGAAUCAAGCCUUUGUACCUUCUGCUGAUCAAAGUAUACGAAAUCUCUAUCAGUGCUUUGCUGCUGAUGGUAAACUAGUAUUAUAUUAUUGUAAGACUCCAGCAUGGGGCUGA